CGUGUCUCCUCCGUCCCCUCCUGCCGCGCGGCGUGAGCGCCGGGCUCGGGGGCCCCCCCGGCCGCCCGCCCCCUCCCCUCCCUCCCCUCCCCUCCCCUCCCCCCGGGCCCCGCGCCCCCCCCGCCCCCGCCCCCCCCAUGGACAUGCUGGACCCGGGUCUGGAUCCCGCUGCCUCGGCCACCGCUGCUGCCGCCGCCAGCCACGACAAGGGACCCGAGGCGGAGGAGGGCGUCGAGCUGCAGGAAGGCGGGGACGGCCCUGGGGCGGAGGAGCAGACGGCGGUGGCCAUCGCCAGCGUCCAGCAGGCGGCGUUCGGCGACCACAACAUCCAGUACCAGUUCCGCACAGAGAAUAAUGGAGGACAGGUGACAUACCGCGUAGUCCAGGUGACUGAUGGUCAGCUGGACGGCCAGGGCGACACGACAGGCGCUGUCAGCGUCGUGUCUACGGCCGCCUUCGCGGGGGGGCAGCAGGCUGUGACCCAAGUGGGUGUGGAUGGCGCGUCCCAGCGCCCUGGCCCCGCUGCUGCCUCUGUGCCCCCAGGUCCCGCAGCACCCUUCCCACUGGCUGUAAUCCAAAACCCCUUCAGCAAUGGCGGCAGCCCGGCAGCUGAGGCUGUCAGUGGGGAGGCACGAUUUGCCUAUUUCCCAGCAUCCAGUGUGGGAGAUACCACGGCUGUGUCCGUACAGACCACAGACCAGAGCUUGCAGGCCGGAGGUCAGUUCUAUGUGAUGAUGACACCCCAGGAUGUGCUUCAGACAGGAACACAGAGGACGAUCGCACCCCGGACACACCCCUAUUCCCCGAAAAUCGAUGGAACCAGGACGCCACGGGAUGAGAGGAGGAGAGCUCAGCACAAUGAAGUGGAGCGGAGGCGGAGGGACAAGAUCAACAACUGGAUCGUCCAGCUUUCAAAAAUCAUUCCAGAUUGUAAUGCAGACAAUAGCAAGACGGGAGCGAGCAAAGGCGGGAUCCUGUCCAAGGCCUGCGACUACAUCCGGGAGCUGCGCCAGACGAACCAGCGCAUGCAGGAGACCUUCAAGGAGGCCGAGCGGCUGCAGAUGGACAAUGAGCUCCUGAGGCAGCAGAUCGAGGAGCUGAAGAACGAGAACGCGGUGCUCCGCGCCCAGCUGCAGCAGCACAACCUGGAGAUGGUGGGCGAGAGCGCCCGGCAGUGACGCCCGCCGCGGGGCCUCGCCUCCGCCGCCCCUUCCCCAGCCCUUAGCACAGAGAGGGACAGACGCCCCUCCCCCAGCUGCGUUUUUUUAUAGUAGAUUUUUAACAAAAAAGGGGAGAAAUAAUGCAUUUCUGUGGAUCAGCUCCCACCACUCUCCUCAACUUGGAAACGAGACCCUCCCUCCCCGGUCUGUCUGUCUCCCCUCCCCGGUCCCCACGAAGCCCCCGCACUUCUAGUGAUCCCUCCCGAGGGAGGAGGACCGAGGCCCUGCCACAUCCGCUGCCUCUGUGGUCCCUAGAGGUGCUGAGCCAGAGUGCUCACGGAAGAAGGGGAGCCUUUGGGGGGCCGUCCCGGGGCCUGGACCUGUGCAGGGAGGCCAUGGCCCAUCCCACCUCUUGUUUCUGGAUCCCUGCUCCCUUUGGGUGUGUGUGUGUGUUUUCAUUUUCUUUAUGGAAAAAUGGACAAAAAAAUAGAGAAAGUGAGAGAGAGGUAUUUAACUGCAAUAAACUGGCCCCAUGUGGCCCC